AUCGCCCUAUUAAUAAUAGUUUUGUCAAUUUUUUAUCUUGGUUUUCUAGGUAUACUAUUAAACCGGCUUCAUUUUCUAUCAAUACUCUUGUGCCUCGAACUCCUCCUAAUUUCCCUUUUUAUAGGAAUUGCGGUUUGAAAAAAGAAAGUUGGUAUACCCCAAAAAACGACAUUUAACCUCCUUCUGCUGACACUCUCCGCUUGCGAGGCAAGAGUUGGACUUUCACUAAUGGUAGCCCUCUCGCGAACUCACUCAUCUGAUCUGGUUACAAACCUGAACCUUCUUCGAUAUUAA